AGUACUACUAGAGUUUGGCCUCAGUUUAUCGGCUUCUCUCUUCGAGAAUCAACUGAAGUAGAGUCAAAUCUGAGACUAGAUCAUUUCGGUCAAGACUCGAGAGCCACGAGAGCGCGACUAUUAACGGCCGUGUCUUACCUGCGUUGUGAAUUGCUCACCGUUCUCGCAACUAACGUAAUCCACCACCGAGCUGGUCACACCACCGAGCUGGUCAGCCACAACACCAACACCGAGUUUUUGACUAUUACUACCACCACCACCCACCACCACCUAAUGGCCGAUAUAUCUAGGGAGGAACGUCUUCAAUUGGCCCUUCAGGCCUAUAAAAAGGGCCAAUUUCCAUCAAUCCAAAAGGCUGCAGAUGCAUUUGACGUGCCUAAAAGCACCUUAAUAACACGUGUCAGUGGGACUACUUCUCGCAAAGAUUCAAUCGCCA